GAAUGCGGCCUCCUCUUCUUCAAACCCAAACCCUAAAAUAAACACUACCAUAACAAAACCAAGUACUCCGUAAUUGACAGCCAGAAAUAAUCGAAACAGUAACAGAACGAUGACACUAGCAAUCCAAACUGUCUUGAAUUUGGUCCCUGAUUUCACUUUAAUUUCUGGAUUGCAGAGAGAGAAGUGAGAGUUUGGAUUUGGGUCUCCGUCUAUUUGGUUCGAGAGUCCGAGGGUUCUGUUCUUAGGUAAGUGCAGGCUGAGCGAAGUGAGAGUUUUCUGGGUUCCGGUAGUGGGAAUUUUUUUUCUUUUUUUGUAAACGACCAUGCAUAAGUUCGAAUUUGAAGGUGAAGGAACAAAAUUUCGUCUAUAACCCACCUUCCAGCUAGCAAUACAAAGAGGAUUUCUGUUCAACCUCAGGUGUGGGAUGGACAAUUUUCGGCAGCAGAAGGUACAGAAAUUUGAGGAAUUUGUUGAUCACCGCCUUAAACCAGAUCUUGUUCAUGCAAUUGCUGAACGGGAUAAAGUUUUUGAACAACAAAAGGUUUUGUAUCCUUUAUCUGGUUUCUCUGAAUUCUUGUUGGUUGGGAUACAUGGCUUGGUUUCUUUUUCCUUUUACCUGAAAUUUUCUUGGGGUUACAUAUGAAAUGAUUUUUCCAUCUUGAUGUUUUCAUUGAUUUUCUUGAAGACAAUUUUGUAAAAAAUUUUGCAUUACAAGGCUUCAUUUGUGUAAUAGGGUAGUAAAUUGCAUAUAAUGAUGAACAAUAUAAAGUAUUGUGAAUCUUUCCUGCUUUGAAUAAAAAAACAUUUUUUAGUUUAUUGUUCUUUUCAAGUUGAUGUUAAUUUGAAGCAAUUCAACCUUUUGUUUGCUUUACUGACAUUUUAGAAAAUUUUUUUUUUUAUUUACUUUUGCAUUAACUUCUCCAAUAUUGAAAAAGAGACUUAAUGUGUAUGAAUCUUCAUGACCUAUUUGAAGAUCCUUGUUUAUUUUAGUUUACUUUGACCAAUGGUCUUGUAGCUCAGAUUUGCGAAGGAACAUAGAAAAUUUAGAAAAAAAUAGUGUGACCAGUCUUCAGACAUUGGUCAAUCUUGGAUCAGAAGUCUACAUGCAAGCAGAAGUACCAGAUACACAAUGUAUUUUUGUGGAUAUUGGCCUAGGUUUUCAUGUGGAGUUCACAUGGUCAGAAGCUUUGAACUUCAUAUCAUUGAGGGAAGAAAAGUUAGCAAGGCAAGUAGAGGAGUAUACUCAGCUAAUUGCAUCAAUUAAAGCUCAAAUUAAGAUGGUUUGUGAAGGAAUUCGAGAAUUGCUUGAGAUUCCAGCAGAGAGAUCUGUACAAGAGCGCAUUUUUUAGUAUUUAUAACUUGAAUAUGUAAUCUGUUCCUCCAUUUCGUUCAUUAUUUAUUUCUGGUCUUCCUUGAGAAUUAAGCUUUUGUUAUUGUACCUUUUGGAUGUAAAAUCCUUGAGUAUUAAGCUUUAUUUUCUUCAACUCGUUAAAUCUUGCUGAUUGAUUUUCUUUCUUUUUCUUUUUCUUUUUCUUUUUUGUUUUUUUUGGGCCAUGCCGUAAACAAAAAGCUAUGUUCACU